GCAUCAUGAGCGCCCCCGGAAAACGUCAGGCCGCCAAACGCGAAGGGGGCCGGGCUCGCGGCGGCGUGGGUGUGAUCAAUAGCCAACCACUCUUGCAGGGCGUGUCGGCUUGGAAUGAGCCUCUAACCGAGGAUUUGAGUGACACGGAUUGCCGUGAUUUCAUUUGGCCGCGGAAGAAGCGCCAACGCGGCGGCCCUUCGACUCCGGGCGUGAAGACACGCCCCCUGAGUCAAAUGACUGGCUCUUCGCCCAAGCCCUUGAUUCGAUGUGGCAAGAAAUUGCGCUCGAGUCGUUCUAGUGCGGGUGGCACGACCUCAUCAUCGUCGUCUUCGUCGCAGACUGGACGCAAGACGCUUCUCAACGUGGAUAACCACUUGUUUGUGGGUGCUAUUCCGCGGAACGUAUCUGCGGGCGAAAUCACCAAGCUCUUCCGAAAAUUUGGGCCCACCAACGAUGUGUGUAUUUUCGAAUCGACCCGCAAUCCGACGUUUAAUUUCGGGUUCAUCGAGUUCCGUCGUUUUGAAGACCUGAAGAAAGUACUCAACGGUCCGUCCAUUUUUGGUGUGGACAAAAAAGGCCAUAAAUACGAGUUGAACGUAGAAAAGCGUCGAGAUGCGCGAGUUAAUCCCAGCGCUAAAGCCACUACCAAUUCAUCAUCUCUUGAGCCCCCAUGUCGUCCCGACCUGUCGGGAUCAUCUGACGCUUCCCCCCAGGAUACCGCCCCGAGCCACACCCUUCCGUGGGCGGCUCGAUUCAAACGGAAAUCUGCGUGGAACCAGGAUCUGACGAAGGCUUCCGUGACCGCUUUGGGCAUGUGGACUGAUCUCCUGCAGCGAUUCAAUUGGCAGUUCGUAGCUGCCAAGUACUUGUAUAGGAUCAUGACCAUGGAGGAUUACUUGUCCACCUAUUGCCACGCCCUCUGCAGUUACUGGGAAGCUCAGGAGCUCUCUUUGGAUGUACUCAUAUCUCGUUUGGUAGAGUUGUCUGAAACAUGUCCUCAUCAUGAUCUGAACGAAGUCAUGGCCCCUAGCAUUUCAGGAUUAGUUUGCAAUCAAACCGCCGAGAAUGGACGAUAUGCAAACAAUAAGCGAAGCUUCAAUCUGGCCGCCAUUUUGAUUCAGAGCACCCAUUUGUUCCAAUUGGAAGAUCAGAGAGUAAUGAUCAAGCGGAUCAUGGACAAAAACGAAGCCAAGAUCAAGUUGCACCAUCUCUUGGUGGAAGGACUAUUCAUCUACUUUUUCGCCAAAUUCGCCCAUGGGCCUAUGUUCAACAUCAAGAUCGCUUUCUACGAGCGAUCAGAACCCAUUCAUUCUGUCCUGAAGAUUAUGACUGGCCAUUCCGACAUGGCUGCGGCUUUGUUGCACUACUUCAAGAGCCUAUCCGAUAUUUUCGUCUAUGAACCGAAGCGGGGAGAGCUCACUUUGACCGUGGAUUACUUUAGCAAAAGCAAGAAAGAAGAGAUGCGACCUCAUCUCGAAUGUAAAUAUCUGUUCCACCCUCCGGUCCCCGUGGCUGCCACUUCUAGCACUCCUCCGUUGUCACCCUCUGUAUUCUCUACCUCAGUCCCUUCGAAGAUUGAGACUAUUAGUGAGGUCUCCUUCGUCACAGAUAGUGAUGAUGAGCACGAGCCUUUUUCCUCCACUUCUGGAUUGGGUGACGCAGAAUUGGACCCCCGGUUCUUGGACUCAUUUUCCAUGCUGGAAUUCAACCCUAUCCUGUCCCCUGUGGAAGCUGUACAUGCCAAACGAUUGCCGGAAGUCCAGAGUCUCCCUCACAACGUGAGUUCGGUUAUCCAGCCUCUACUUUUGGAUAGUGAUGAUGACAACAUUGAUUUUGAAUUGGGCUUGGUGAGCAAUCCCAUGAUUAUCGAUAAGCUCAUCUCAAGACUUGAGAGUCAAAUGCGUCGCAAAGUCCACGCGAACGUCCCCCAAAUGAAGGAAGAUUUGGAAAUGGAGUGCCGUAAGGUAAUCGAGCAACUCCUAAAGAAGCACAACAUAUCCGAUGAACAUCUACCUCGAUUUAGCUCGCUUGAGCAACACUGAGCAAAACAACCCACACAAUAUGAAAGCCGUUAAGUUUAUUGUCCAUGUUAAUUAAUCCGUGCUUGUUUUGUUUUCGUGUAUGUUAGGGAUCUGAUUCCCAUAGCUUUGUUUUCUGGGACUGUCGGGACCUGUUCUCACGUCUCUGGUGGUUGUUAUCGCCCAUAAUCCGAAAAAUGCCAUGCUCGGUUUUUAACUAAUGUAUCCAGGUGUUUUCACGGUCGAAAUUAAACCUGAUCCAGAAAUGUA